AUGACUCAUACUAAUCUCCCUAGUAGCUCUGGUCGCGUUGAUUCUUUGUCUCAAAUACCUCUCUCUCCGAUUUCAGAGGUAUCCUCUAAUUCUCUCUACAUCGAUUUCAUCCAAAUUCCUUCCAAUUCUGCUUCUGGAGACCUCAACUAUAACGAUGUUCUCCAGAGCACUCCUAUCUCUCCUGAACAUACUCCUCUAGAACUUGAUCAAACGUUUAUUCAACGUUCUCGAAAACGCCAAGCUGUCUUAUUAGAACAUGGUCAUCCUUCUAAUACUUCUGUUCCUUCUGCUCUUUCUCUUCCUUCUGCUCUUUCUGCUCCUUCUCUUCCUUCUGCUUCUUCCGCUCCUUCUGCUUCAUCUCCUGUUAAAAGAAGAGGUAAUGCAGUCCCGAUUGGGAAUCGCAACGCUAUCUUUGUGGAAAACGGACUUCCUUCGGUUGUUUGUGGUUCAUCUCCCACUCGACGAAGACGUAAUGCGGUGAUCUUUGAAAACGGUUACAUUCCUACUCAUCAUCAACAUUUCAUUCAACCCACUCAAAGUUCUCAACCUAAAGACUCUGAUUUCUCUGCUUCUCAAAUCGCUCAAGCUUUACUGAACUUUAGAGAUCAAGAGCUGGUGCUUGCUGAUGAAAGUUCCGAAUGGGACUUGAGUGCUUUUCAUUCUGAUGAAGAUGUUGAUCUUAUUUAA